AUGUUGCGUCGCAGCUGCUCCCUUCUGAAGGUCGCCUGGCGGGCGGUACCGGAUCACACCCAUUACGACGUCUGCGUGAUCGGCGGCGGCCCGGGCGGCAUCGCCGCGGCCCUCCGCGCCGUUGAUUUCAACAAAAAAGUCUGCCUGAUCGAAAGCGACCGGCUGGGCGGGCGGGAUCUGUGGAACGGCGCGCUCCACUCCAAGACGAUGUGGGAGCUGUCGUACGCCUUCUCGAAGAUGCGCGGGGCCGCGGCGCGGCGGCUCUAUGGCGAUUCCGUGGCCUCCCACGUCCGCCUGGACGAGGCGCAGAUGCGGGCCUCCAUGGACGAGGUCAGCUGCACCCGGGAGGCCCAAAUCGCGACGGCCCUGAAGGCCAGCGACGUCCGCUUCGUGACCGGCCACGCGAGCUUCGUGAGCAACCACGAGGUGUUGUGUCACGACCCCGCCACGAAGGCGUUCCGGCUUCUCACGGCCGACUACGUCGUGAUCGCGACGGGGUCGACCCCGCGGCGGCACCCCACCGUCCCCGUCGACGGCGUGCGCAUCGUGACCUCCGACCACGUCAUGCGGCGGGCGCUGCCGCGGAGUCUGGUCGUCGUCGGCGCGGGCGUCCGCGGCUGUGAGUUCGCCAGCAUCCUCGCGGGACUCGGGCAAACCAAGGUCGCGAUCAUCGAUAAAAAGGCUCGGAUCCUCCCGGAAGAAGACGAUGACGUCAUUGACGUCGUGGAACGUCAGAUGGAGGCGGCCGGGGUGACCAUCCACCACGACUCCAAACUCCACGACCUCCAGCUCUGGGACGAUGAUGCCGAUAACGCGCUGACUGGGGUACAGUACACCCUCAUGAAUCGAUACACGAAGGAGCUCACCACACACCACGUUGAUCAGGCCCUCCUUUCGAUCGGGCGGUGGCCGAACUACAACAACCUCGGCAUCACCAACACCACAGUUAAGACAAGCAACGGCAAGGUCGUCGCGAACGAGUUCGGGCUGUGCGAGAAUACAAAUAACAUCUACGUGGUCGGCGAUGCCGCAGCAGGGAAGUUCCUCGUCAGCGUCGCGGAAUCGAUGGGGAAACUCGCGGUGGAACAUAUGUACUGCCCGAGGGUGCAGCGCCCGCCGAUCCCGUUCAGCAUCACCCCGAAGCUCGGCUUCUUCCCGCUCGCGAUCGCCUCGGUUGGGCUCGGAGAGAAGAGCUGCCGGGAGCGCAACAUCGCCUAUAUCGCGUGCAAAUACGGCUACAACCUCGUCAGCCGCAACGUUGCCGCGGCGAGCACAGAUGGGUUCAUUAAGAUUAUCGUCUCUAAGGAGAUGCCGCACCAUAUUUUGGGGCUCCGCGCUGUUGGGUUGGGCUCGAGCACCCUCGUCGACUUCGCGACGCUCGCGCUGCAGAAGAAACAAACCGUCUACGACCUUGCCAACCGCCUGACGGCGUACCCGGCGCUCUCUCAGGCCUUCCAGGAGUGCCUGCACGCCAUUCUCGGCUCGUCGGAGCUGAAGCCUGGGACGUUUGAUAACAUCACUCUCACGGAGUGGACCCCGGAUAACUAUCAGCGCGGGAUGGCCUACCAGGAGACGUUACGCGCGCAGAAUGAGGGCAAAGUUACGGAGUUGGAUGAUUAA